CCGGGGUCCAGCGGCGGCGGGAGCGCGUGGCUCGGCGGGGCCAUGGGGGGGGUGGAGAAGAAGAAGUACGAGCGCGGAGCCGCCACCAACUACAUCACCCGCAACCGGGCGCGGAAGAAGCUGCAGCUGAGCCUGCCCGACUUCAGGCGCCUCUGCAUCCUCAAGGGGAUCUACCCCCAUGAGCCCAAGCACAAGAAGAAGGUGAACAAAGGCUCCACAGCCCCCAGGACUUUCUACCUGCUCAAGGACAUCAAAUUCUUGCUCCAUGAGCCCAUCGUCAACAAAUUCCGGGAAUACAAGGUGUUUGUGCGGAAGCUCCGGAAGGCGUACGGGAAGAGCGAGUGGAGCACCGUGGAACGGCUGAAGGACAACAAACCCACCUACAAACUCGACCACAUCGUGAAGGAGAGGUACCCCACGUUCAUCGACGCCCUGCGGGACCUGGACGAUGCCCUGUCCAUGUGCUUCCUGUUCUCCACCUUCCCCCGGACAGGGAAGUGCCAUGUCCAGACCAUCCAGCUGUGCCGGCGCCUGGCCGUUGAAUUCCAGAACUACGUCAUCGCCUCCCGCUCCCUGCGCAAGGUCUUCCUCUCCAUCAAGGGCAUCUACUACCAGGCAGAGGUGCUGGGCCAGCCUGUCACCUGGAUCACCCCCUACGCCUUCGCCCACGACCACCCCACAGACGUGGAUUACCGGGUCAUGGCCACCUUCACUGAGUUCUACACCACCCUCCUGGGCUUCGUCAACUUCCGCCUCUACCACUCCCUCAACCUGCUCUACCCCCCCAAGAUCGACAGCCAGGCUGAUGCUGAGCUGAAGCCCACAGAGGGCAAGGAGUAUGCCAUGGAUUCAGAGAGCUACCUGGAGAGACUGUCAGCUCUGAGCUCCAGCCUGGCCCGAGUAGUGGCACCAACCCACGAGGACGAGGUGGAGAUGGACGAGUUCCCAGUGGAGGGGGAGACAGCAGAACAGAUGGAUGCCAAGAAGAAGGAGCAGGAGGCCCUGGAGAAGCACAAGAAGCUGUUUGAGGGGCUGCGCUUCUUCCUCAACAGGGAGGUGCCUCGGGAGCCUCUGGCCUUCGUUAUCCGGAGCUUUGGUGGUCAGGUCUCCUGGGACAAGUCCCUGUGCAUUGGGGCCACCUACGAUGCCACCGACCCCUCCAUCACCCACCACAUCAUCGACCGGCCCCGCGUGGAGAAGCAGGUGGUGGGCAGGUACUACCUGCAGCCUCAGUGGGUGUUUGACUCGGUCAAUGCCAAGCUGUGCCUCCCUGUGGCCGAUUACUUCCCGGGUGUCCUGCUGCCCCCGCACUUGUCACCCUUCGUGACGGAGCAGGAGGGUGACUACGUGCCUCCGGAGAAGCUGAAGCUGCUGGCCCUGCAACGGGGAGAGAACCCAGAUGAGGAGAGUGAGGAAGAGGAAGAAGAGGAGGAGGAAGAGGAGGAUGACAAUGACAAAGAAGAGGAUGAGGAAGAUGAGUCUGAAAAGGAAGAGGAGAUGAAGUUAAAGAAGAUGGAAGAGCAGAAGACUCAGAGCAACAAGGCACUUCCCGUGAAGGUGACAGCGGGGAAGGUGAGGGUGGAGGACAAGCAGCGCCUGGAGCAGGAGCAGCAGAGCGAGGAGAAGCGCCUGGCCAUCAUGAUGAUGAAGAAGAGGGAGAAAUACCUCUACAAGAAAAUCAUGUUCGGCAAGAAGCGCAAAGUCCGUGAGGCCAACAAACUGGCUGCGAAGAGGAAAGCCCACGACACAGCCCUCAAGGAGGAGAAGAAGAAGAGCAAGAAGGCACAACGAGCAUGAUGGGGCUGGGGGCUCCCAGAGGGGGGUGGAGGAUGGUUUUCCACUUUUGCUGUUGAGUGGAAAUCCCUCGACUUUGCUCCUAAGACAGAAAUGCUGUAUUGAAACAUUUCCCAUCUGUAAAUACACCUCCUGCUGUGCCUCUCCCGUGGCUCCCUCCAUGGAAUCCAUGUCACAAGGACUGUCCUCUCCAUGCUGGAGCCACCUCUGUGUGAGGAGGAGGUUGAGGAGAGCUCCAGGCUUUGGAAUGUUCCAUAUGGAUUUGCACAGCCCUGGGUGCCAGAUCCAGGCUCCCUUGCGCAGAGGAGUGCAGAGCCCAGAGUGCUCCCCAGUAUCCACAUAGAAAACCAUAUUCCCUUAUAUUUUUAUUUUUAAAUAAAGGUGAUGCUUUCCUGGU